GCGGGGUUCGGGGGCGGCUCUCAGCUGCGAGUUCGUAAUGAGCCCUCUUGGUUCUCUCUCAUCUCUUGCAGUGACAUAUCGACGCCCAUGUUCCCCCGUCACGCACAUCGCCGGGGAGACGGUCAUUCAACAAGGUGACGAAGGGGACAACUUUUACGUGAUCGACCAAGGCGAAGUGGAUGUCUAUGUGAAUGGCGAAUGGGUGACGAGCAUCGGGGAAGGGGGCAGCUUCGGGGAGCUGGCCCUCAUCUACGGGACACCCCGAGCUGCUACCGUCAAAGCCAAGACGGACCUGAAGCUGUGGGGCAUUGACCGGGACAGCUACCGGCGCAUCCUCAUGGGCAGUACGCUGAGGAAGAGGAAGAUGUACGAAGAGUUCCUCAGCAAGGUGUCCAUCCUAGUCAUAUCUAGAGUGUCAGAUCUGAACAAGUCUGUCCAGAGGUCUUUUGUGGUAGGAGUAACAGAUGGCAAGCGCAUGGAAUCACCUUUGGACAGGGGAGUUCCACCUGUCAGCCUGUCGGUCCAUGCUGCCCCAAAGCUGGUGUGUCCUGGUAACAGGCGCAGGAUUCUGGAGAUGUGCACAGGACCCCGCCAGGGCCCAGCGGAGAUAGCCAUACUCAAGAAUGAGGGUUGGAUCAUACGUUAUGGGCACUGA